UGGAAGAACAUGGCAGAAAAUGAAAUGGAGGCUGGAAGGGAGCGAUUUCUUAGACAAAGGCAAGUCUUGUUUCUCUUUGUUUUUCUGGGUGGGUCUCUGACUGGGUCCGAAUCCAGACGCUACUCUGUGGCUGAGGAGAAAGAGAGGGGUGUUUUAAUAGCCAACCUAGCAAAGGAUCUGGGGCUGAGUGUAGGGGAGCUGGCCGCGAGGGGCCCCCAAGUUGUGUCUAAAGGGAACAAACAGCAUUUUCAGUUCAACCAUCCGACCGGUGACUUGCUCCUGGAUGAGAAAUUGGACCGGGAGGAGCUAUGCGGCCCUACAGAGCCAUGUAUACUGCAUUUUCAGAUUUUACUGCAAAACCCUUUGCAGUUUAUUCCAAAUGAGCUCCAGGUCAUAGAUGUAAAUGACCAUUCUCCGGUGUUCUUUGAAAAUGAAAUGCAGGUGAAAAUCCUAGAAAGCACCCCACCAGGAACAAUAAUUCCACUGGGAAAUGCAGAGGACUUGGAUGUGGGAAGAAAUAGUCUCCAAAACUACACAAUCACUCCUAAUUCCCAUUUCCACGUUCUCACGAACAGUAGGAGGGAUGGAAGGAAGUACCCAGAACUGGUGCUGGACAAAGCUCUGGACCGUGAGGAGCAGCCACAGUUCAGUUUAACACUCACGGCGCUGGAUGGUGGGUCUCCACCCAGGUCUGGGACUGUUCAGGUCCACAUCCUGGUCUUAGACAUAAACGACAAUGCCCCAGAAUUUACACAGUCCAUCUACGAGGUUGAAGUUCUAGAGAACAGCCCCAUUAACUCUGUUAUUGUCACUGUCUCAGCUUCUGAUUUAGAUACAGGAAAUUUUGGGACAAUAUCAUAUGCAUUUUUUCAUACUUCAGAAGAAAUUCUCAAAACUUUUCAACUAAAUCCAAUUACUGGUGAUAUCCAUCUAGUCAAACAUUUGAAUUUUGAGGCAAUUAAGAGUUAUGAAGUCGACAUAGAAGCCAAAGAUGGUGGAGGCCUUUCAGGAAAAUCAACGGUGAUAGUGCAGGUAGUUGAUGUCAAUGACAACCCACCAGAACUGACCUUGUCGUCAAUCACCAGCCCCAUCCCGGAAAACUCGCCAGAAACUGUGGUGGCCAUUUUCAGUGUUUCUGAUCCAGACUCUGGUGACAAUGGGAGAAUGAUGUGUUCCAUCGAGAACAAUCUCCCCUUCGUCCUGAAACCAUCUGUAGAAAACUUUUACACUCUAAUGUCAGAAGGAGCCCUGGACAGAGAGAGGAGAGCUGAAUACAACAUCACCAUCACCGUCACAGACAUGGGGACUCCCAGACUGAAAACCCAGCACAACAUAACUGUGCUGGUCUCCGACGUCAACGACAACGCCCCGGCCUUCACCCAAACCUCCUACACCCUCUUCAUCCCCGAGAACAACAGCCCCGCCCUGCACAUAGGCAGCGUCAGCGCCACAGACAGAGACGCGGGCGCCAACGCCCAGGUCACCUACUCGCUGCUGCCACCCCAGGACCCCAGCCUGCCCCUGGACUCGCUGGUGUCCAUCAACGCUGACAACGGACACCUGUUCGCCCUGAGGGCACUGGAUUUCGAGGCCCUGCAGGCUUUCGAGUUCCUGGUGGGCGCCACAGACCAUGGCUCCCCAGCGCUGAGCAGCCAGGCGCUGGUGCGCGUGCAGGUGCUGGACGCCAAUGACAACGCGCCCUUCGUGCUGUACCCGCUGCAGAACGGCUCUGCGCCCUGCACCGAGCUGGUGCCCAGGGCGGCCGAGCCUGGCUACCUGGUGAGCAAGGUGGUGGCGGUGGACAGCGACUCGGGCCAGAGCGCCUGGCUGUCUUACCAGCUGCUCAAGGCCACAGAACCCGGGCUGUUCAGCGUGUGGGCGCACAAUGGCGAGGUGCGCACUGCGCGGCUGCUGAGCGAGCGUGACGCGGCCAAGCACAGGCUGCUGCUGCUGGUCAAGGACAAUGGCGAGCCGCCUCUGUCAGCCAGCGUCACGCUGCACGUGCUGCUGGUGGAUGGCUUCUCGCAGCCCUACCUGCCGCUGCCGGAAGCUGCAGCCGCUGGGGCCCAGACUGACCCGCUCACGGUCUACCUGGUCAUCGCGUUGGCGUCGGUGUCGUCGCUCUUCCUGUUCUCGGUGCUGGCGUUCAUCGCUGUGCGGCUGUGCAGGAGGAGCAGGUCUGGUUUGGUGGGUGGCUGCUCGGUGCCUGAGGCCCAGUUUCCGGGCCACCUGAUGGACGUCAGUGGCACCGGGACCCUAUCCCAGAGCUACCAGUAUGAGGUGUGUCUGAUGGGAGGCUCAGGGACCAGCGACUUCAAGUUCCUCAGACCGAUUCUCCCCAAUGGUCUGGUUCAAGGCACUGAGCAAGAAUAGUGCAAAACUCCAGUUGU